UGAGUCGCGGCGCUGAAAUUUAUUUCGAGAGCUAUUCUUUAGCUGGAAGAGGGGGGAAAAAGCGAGAAUCUGUGCAGCAGUAAAAACAAUCUACCAUCAAGGUACACAACGGCGUCGCUUGCGAUUCCCACUGACCGUCUGAAAGGAAAGGGAAAUCCCAGUCUUCCAAGCAAGGAAAAAGUUAGAAGAGGGACUGUGUGAAGUUUUUUUUUAUUUUAAGAAAAGGUGCUGUUGUCGUGUACAGCCAUCUUGAUCCCACGCCUGCAGGGCUAAUGUUGUAUCGCUCCUGCCUGUCGCCUCUGCAUGCGGUGGACUGUAGCUGCGUUGCCAAGUCUGAAGGAGUUAAAUGUGAAUCUGAUCCGCAUGUUGUGCUGAGAGAUCCGGAGGAGGGACAGGGGGGGUGGGGGGACAUUUGCACUUUGCGUUUAUUUAAGGAUCUAUAUUGGUGUUUAUAAACAGUCUGCCGGGCAUUCAGGAACAAAAAAAAGGAAAAAGCCCAGACUAGACGGAAUAAGGCUGCUGAAGACAUGGAGAGUUGCCUGCUGGAGGUCUACCUGCUGUCUGCCCUGGCUUUACUGCACAGAUCGAGCGGGGCCGCCGCCAAGGAGCUAUCCUGCCAGGAGAUCACCGUGCCCCUGUGUAAGGGUAUCGGCUACAACUACACCUACAUGCCCAACCAGUUCAACCACGACUCGCAGGACGAGGCGGGCCUGGAAGUGCACCAGUUCUGGCCACUGGUCGAGAUUCAGUGCUCGGCCGACUUGCGCUUCUUCCUGUGCAGCAUGUACACGCCGAUCUGCCUGGAGGACUACAAGAAACCGCUGCCCCCGUGCCGCAGCGUGUGCGAGCGGGCGAAAGCGGGCUGCGCGCCGCUCAUGAGGCAGUAUGGCUUCGCCUGGCCCGACAGAAUGAGGUGCGAGAGGCUGCCUCGCCAGGACAGUCCCGAUGGGACCCUGUGCAUGGACUACAACCGCACCGAGCUGACCAGUGCCGCGCCCGCCGCUCCCUUCCAACCCACGGGGCGGCCGACCCACUCGGAGCCGGGCCAAGCGGGUCCGGCGCCGCCGCCGCCGCCGUGUCAAGCGGGUUGCCAGUGUCGAUCGCCCAUGGUGCAGCUGAAGAGCGAGCGGCACCCACUCUAUAACCGGGUAAGCACCGGCCGCCUGGCCAACUGUGCUGUACCGUGUCACGACCCGUACUUCAGCGCAGACGAGCGGAGCUUCGCCGCUUUCUGGAUUGGCCUGUGGUCGGUGCUGUGCUUCGCUUCGACGCUGGCCACCGUCGCCACCUUCCUCAUCGACAUGGAGCGCUUCAAGUACCCCGAGCGGCCCAUCAUCUUCCUCUCCGCCUGCUACCUCUUCGUGUCGGCCGGUUACCUGGUGCGGCUGGUGGCCGGCCACGAGAGCGUGGCUUGCGGCCGCCGCCAGCUCGGCUCCGAGCAGCACGUUCACUACGAGACAACGGGACCGGCGCUCUGCACCGUGGUCUUCCUGCUGGUCUACUUUUUCGGCAUGGCCAGCUCCAUCUGGUGGGUCAUCCUGUCCCUGACAUGGUUCUUAGCCGCCGGCAUGAAGUGGGGCAACGAGGCCAUCGCCGGCUACUCGCAAUACUUCCACCUGGCCGCUUGGCUGGUGCCCAGCGUCAAGUCCAUCGCUGUGUUGGCCCUCAGCUCUGUGGACGGCGACCCGGUGGCCGGCAUCUGCUACGUUGGCAACCAGAACCUGGACAACCUGCGCGGCUUCGUGCUGGCGCCGCUAGUCAUCUACCUGCUGAUCGGCAGUAUGUUCCUCCUGGCCGGCUUCGUCUCCCUCUUCCGCAUCCGCCGGGUUAUCAAGCAAGGCGGCGGCGCCCAGACCGACAAGCUGGAGAAGCUGAUGAUCCGCAUCGGGGUCUUCACCGUGCUGUACACCGUUCCCGCCACCAUCGUGGUAGCCUGCUACUUCUACGAGCAACACAACCGGCCGAGCUGGGAGGUAAGCCACAACUGCCACUGCCCGGGAGAUCCGUCGCAGCAGCACGGUGGAGGCGGGGAAGCGGUCAGGAAGCCGGACUACGCCGUCUUCAUGCUUAAGUACUUUAUGUGUCUGCUGGUGGGUAUCACCUCGGGGGUCUGGAUCUGGUCGGGUAAGACGCUGGAAUCUUGGAGGGCCUUCUGCACGCGUUGUUGCUGGAGUAGCAAAGGUACCGGCGGCUCUAUGUACAGCGACGCCAGCACCGGCUUAACCUGGAGAUCGGGCACGGCCAGUUCCAUGUCUUACCCCAAGCAAGUGCCGUUAUCCCAGGUUUGACAUCUCCUCGCACAGACUUUCAACACCCCCCCCCCCCAUGAUUCUUGUCCAGCAUCUUUAUUAACAUGUUAAUGAACUCUAAUGGUAUCCAUUAGUCAGAAGUGAAGGAGUGACCAGAGCACGGUGCCUGUCGCUAAUUCUUCUUAAAUCAUUUUAAUUUCUUUUUAUAUGCACAGGACAAGUGUGGAAGGAAAAUGAUUUUCUACAGCAAUGUGCUCACGAGCAGGAACUUUUAAAAGAAACUGUCGGCAGUUUUGUGUACAGGCAAAGACUGAGUCCUCUUAAUUGCUGGCAUCUGUUAAAGUAACUUAAAACGGAGGGACAAAAAUGGCGUACUUGACACAUCUUAACAUACUGGGUGCAACAACCGGCCUUAAAAUCCUGUUUUUUUUAAAAAUAUAUAUAUAUAUCCCAUGUAAUACGGGUUUCUUGCAAAAGUUGUAUUUAUAUAAUUAUUUGUACUAUGAACGCAAACUUGUAAAUUGUGUAAAUAACAAAAAGUGUUUUUGAAGUAUAUACAGAGUAUGUAAAUUUUUUGUAUUAAAAAAGUCUAGUGGUUGCUUCAGCCAGAGCACCAGAAAUAUUUGAAGCAAUUAUUCUAUUUUGACAAUAAAACAACUUUUGAUUUAAUCACGUUUGCAAACACUCCCGAGGCUCUCAUUUCUGCAGGAAACGCGUACAUAUACUUUUGGGCAGCAUGUCGAGGGAUGUUAGUUUAGGCGAAAAACUGUUUUGGUAAUUGUUGAACUUUUUACCUGGCUGCCCACGGGCUGAGUACAUAAUUUUUUAAACGAGGGCCAAUUCAAUGGGGUUAAUCUGUAGGAGUGAGCCUUUUGAAUGAAAUAACUUUGAUGUCUCCUUUCCAAGCUUGAAGUACUUCCCCCCCCCCCCGGUCUUUCUUGCUUCAGUCCUUGGUUCCCGCUUGUUUUCAAGGCCGUUGGCCACCGUGGUGCCUUAAAAUGAAUUAAAAUGGACGUUUUUGAGACUUAACUCGUUUUAAACGGGGAGACUAGUUGUAACAGUUAGUGAGCAUGAAGGGAACGCAGAACAGUCUUUUAAACAGCUUUUUCUGUAUUGUUGGCCAGACUGCAGGCAGUAAGGCAUAGGCCCGGACAUAUAGAAAUGCCCAUGAAUGCCCUACAGGUGGUCUAGCUCACAUAAUCCUCCAAUUUAAGGCGCUCUCCUUAGCAAGACAAUUGCAUUACAAAGCCCUCUCUUUUUUGCUCCUAAUUGAAGCGAUGAACAAGUAUUAUAGACUACAAGCUGUAAAAAAAACUCCACGGCAAUUGCCUGCACUAUAGUUGCAAGCAGAUAAAUGGAAUGGCAGCGUUGUUCAGGCAAGUGUACGCUCCUCAUAAAAGGGCAUUUUAUUCCUUUUAGCAGUUUUGGCUGACAUAAAAAGAAACUAUGCCCAAUACACACGUAAUUUUAUGGCAGAUUAGGGAUAAUUUAAAAGUAAUUGGGAAGGCUGCACAUUAGUACUGAAAAGAUGCCCCCGGGUCCAGUAUUAGACUGUCAAUCAAGAUAAGAGAGGGACAGUUAGUCCCAUCUCUAUAGGCCAGUCUCGCUAAUCACCAAAGCAUCCUUCAGCACUAAAGCAGGCCAGCACGUGGUUUUAUAGAAUUCUCAAGUUUAACAAGGCAAUGUAAACGUAAAAUUGAGUGUCUGUACGUGAUUAAUCCAGCUGCGCUGUUGGGUGCUUAAUUAAGGCAAUUUUAAUAUUUUUUAAUGUGUUCAAAAGUAAAAUGACAAGAAUUAAAUCACACGAUGCGGUGUAUGACUAACCCUUACAGUCACGUGAAAGAUUUGAAUUGCACUUUUUAAUUGAAAUCGCUUUGAUAAGUGUCAAUUUCUCAAGUCUUGCGUAUUAAUAUUUUCUUACUGUUUUCUGUGAACUGUAAUGCUAUCCAGUGCCCAGAGCUCCGUGGGUGGCG